AUGUCGCGACAACCUCCUCCUCCCGGAUUGCCUGCGAGGCCCAGUGGCUCUACAUACCGACCCAAUAACGACAGCUUUCAUGCAAGUAGCGAUAACUACCGCCGCAAUGAGAACCCGCGUCUAUACAGCCCCCCUCGAGACAUGUAUCGAUUUGGAGGCAACGAACGAAACUCUAGGCCUGGUAACGACCAGCGAGGUUCUUCCAGAUACGAUGCCUAUCCUAGUUCUUAUGCUACCGACUCAUACGCCCCUGGUACUGAUCCCCAUCGCAAUUCUGACUCGUACCGCCCAGCCGGCCCUCGUAAUGGAGGUUUUAACUUUCGUCACGAACCCCCACCCGGUGUGAAUCUCAACCCAGAUCGGAAUUAUCGGCCUCGAUCUCACUCUAGGUCUCCUCCACCCCGACAGUCAUACCAUUCUCGCGAUAGUAACCAAUAUGAUUUUACUCCUGUCAAUCGGGACUACCAGCGCGAUCGAGAAAGCCAUGGCCCGCGAGUGCGCUCCCAAUACAAUAGCCAGCGUGGUGGUGCGCGUGGUCGCGGUCGUGGUGGUUCGAGAUUGGCAGCUGAUCGCGCAUUUCUCCAGACAAAUCGUGCUCCUACCCCAGAGCUUAUGCCGGGCAUGGAUGAACAAGCAGGAAACAUUAGAUACAAGGCCGUUGACGAGAUGUCAGACAGUGAAGAAGCCGAGAUGGAUCUUUCUGAUUCUGAGAAAGACGAUGAGGCUCAGCAACCUACAAAGAAGCUUGCGCGCACCGAAAACCAGGCUGCAGAUGGCGAUAGUGUUCCUAAGUGGUCCAACCCUGAUCCUUACACUGCAUUACCGCCUCCAGAUGAGUCUCAGCGGAAAAAGAAAGAUGUUGUCAAAUUAAUCCGGAAGGCGCGUGUCACAAACAAUUCCGAGAACACCGUCAAAUCCGCUGCCACUGACGAUUUCAUCUCCUUUGAUUUCGGUAAUGAAGAGGAGACGGAAGACGCAACUAAUGAAGCAGUCAAUGUACCCGUAGGCGCCCCCACUGGCCCACGCACUCAACAGCCACAGACUCUCAAGAACACGCAGCCGCGUGAAUAUGGGUCCACUCAAAAUAAGUCCGAGGAAGCCUCAAGAACUAGUCUUCAUGGACCAACCACGUCUCAACCUGGAUCUAGCCGGUUUGAGAUCCAGAUUCCCAGCCGCGCCCCUCCCGCAAAUGCUUCCAAGAGGCCUGCGGCAUUUGUUGACCUUACUUCGGAUCCUGCUUUGGGUAAUCGUAAGCGAAAUAUCAGAGAUGAGAUCAAAGGCCCCCCAAUCAUCCAUACCCCGAGCGCCAAAGGUGGCCCUCCAAAGGGCGAAAUAGUAUCCACGUGGAAGAUCCGCCCUGGUUCUCAAGCUCAAGCAACACCUUGGAUCGAGAUGGAUCACUCUAAGACAGCCAACAUGGGCUUAUGGUUGCACAAAGAGAUCGUGGAUUUUUAUUAUCACGUCAAGCCCCGCAAUUUCGAGCAGCGUAUUCGUGCAAAUCUAGUUGACGAGCUCCGCAUUUCAGUCAAGAAGCAUUUCAGAAACUCCAACAUUCUAUCAUUUGGGUCAUUUCCCGCUGGUUUGUACUUGCCAACUUCUGAUAUGGAUAUUGUCUGUGUCUCGGAUGAGUUCAUGAGAUAUGGCAACAAGACUCUUUGCAAAAGCAACAACCAGUACUACCAAUUUGCCCGCUUCCUGCAACAAGAAAAAAUCCCUAUUCCAGGAUCAGUCGAGGUCAUCACAAAGGCUAAGGUUCCAAUCAUCAAAUAUGUGGAUAGACUUACUGGUCUGAAGGUUGACAUUUCUUUUGAGAAUGACACUGGCUUGGUCGCCAACAAAACCUUUCAAGAAUGGAAGACUGAAUUCCCUGCCAUGCCGAUAUUAGUCACAUUGGUCAAGCAUCUCUUAGCCAUGAGAGGAUUGAAUGAACCCCACAGUGGAGGCAUCGGCGGAUUCUCUACUAUCUGUCUUGUUGUAAGUCUUCUCCAGCAUAUGCCUCAGGUUCAAAGCAGAAACAUGAUACCCGAAGAACACCUUGGCGAGAUUCUGAUGGAGUUUCUUGACUUGUAUGGAAAUCAACUCAACAUUGCUACGACCGCUAUCUCUAUGAAGCCACCCGGCUAUGUUCCAAAAAAUCAAGUCAGGAAGGUGACCUACAAGGGCAAUAUAGACAAGAUCUCCAUCAUCGAUCCCAACACUCCUUCAAACGAUAUCUCCGGUGGUUCUAGUAACACAGCUAGAAUUCUGGAAUGCUUCUCUAAUGCGUAUAGAGACUUGCAGAAGCGCAUGGGCGAAUUGCAGGCUUCUCCAAACCGUGUCAAGGAGAGCAUUCUAGGCUGCAUCUUGGGUGGCAACUACAGCUCCUUUGACCUUCAACGCGCCCAUCUUGCCCAUGUCCAUGAAAAGCUCUUUGGUCCCAUUCAGGAGGAAUUCGCAUAA